AGGGGUGGAGAGGGAAGGGAGGAGGGAUGGGGGAGGGGAGAAAGGGAGCGAGGUAUCUCCCCAGCUCGCUGCCUGUGGCAAGUGGAGUUUUUAAAAAGCUCGGGCAGAUCAUGUCAUGACGACUUCGCUGCUCCUGCAUCCGCGCUGGCCGGAGAGCCUUAUGUACGUCUAUGAGGACAGCGCGGCGGAGAGCGGCAGCGGCGGCGGCGGCGGCGCGGGGGGCAGCUGCAGCGGAGCGAGCCCGGGCAAAGCGCCGAGCAUGGACGGGCUGGGCAGCAGCUGCCCCGCCAGCCACUGCCGCGACCUGCUCCCGCACCCGGUGCUGGGCCGCCCGCCCGCUCCUCUGGGCGCCCCACAGGGCGCCGUCUACACGGACAUCCCAGCCCCGGAGGCAGCGCGCCAGUGCGCCCCACCGCCGGCGCCCCCCACCUCAUCCAGCGCUACCCUGGGCUACGGUUAUCCGUUCGGGGGCAGCUACUACGGCUGUCGCCUGUCGCACAACGUGAACCUGCAGCAGAAGCCUUGCGCCUACCACCCGGGUGACAAGUACCCGGAGCCGUCGGGCGCCCUGCCCGGUGAUGACCUGUCCACCAGGGCCAAGGAGUUCGCCUUCUACCCCAGCUUCGCCAGCUCCUAUCAGGCGAUGCCCGGCUACCUGGACGUGUCGGUGGUGCCCGGGAUUAGCGGGCACCCGGAGCCGCGUCACGACGCGCUUAUCCCAGUGGAAGGUUACCAGCACUGGGCUCUUUCCAAUGGCUGGGACAGUCAGGUGUACUGCUCCAAGGAGCAGUCGCAGUCCGCCCACCUCUGGAAGUCUCCCUUUCCAGACGUGGUUCCUCUACAGCCUGAAGUGAGCAGCUACCGGCGUGGACGCAAGAAACGCGUGCCCUACACCAAGGUGCAGCUGAAGGAGCUAGAGAAGGAGUACGCGGCUAGCAAGUUCAUCACCAAAGAGAAGCGCCGGCGCAUCUCAGCCACCACGAACCUCUCUGAGCGCCAGGUCACCAUCUGGUUCCAGAAUCGGAGGGUGAAAGAGAAGAAAGUGGUCAGCAAAUCGAAAGCGCCUCAUCUCCACUCCACCUGACCUUCCACACACGGCCGUCCACCCCAUCUAUUUAUGUCGCCGCUUUGUACCAUAACCGACCCACGGAAGGAUGCUGCACCGGUGCAGACCAGUAUUUAAUCUUAAAAAGGAGGAACCGCACGCCGGGGGCAGAG